AUGUCUAAACCGGAGGCCGUCAAGAUCAGCUUCUGGGAGAAAGUCGAUCUCCCUUUCCUCCAGCUGUCCGUGUAUGCUACCAUGAUGUACGCUGCUGUCACUGGUGUUUUCCGGGGUAAGGCUAGCCCUAAGCGCUACGACCACUACAUCGUGGCCUCAGUGGUGCGCAAACUGGUUGAUCGAAGCUCCAGUCUACAAGCACAAUACGCCCAACCAGGCACAUCAGACGUCUACACCGCUGUGAUGAAAAAGCGCGGUCUGGAUGCCGAGACCGUCCAACUCCCCCACGACACAGAAGGCCACUGGCUCGGAAACAAGAACGCCAAAAAAGUCAUCGUAUACUAUCACGGCGGCGGCUUCGCUCUGCCCUGCACACCCGCACACGUCGAAUUCUGGCUCGACAUGAUCCGCGCCCUGAACGACAACGGCCACGACCUCGCAGUCUUCUUCCCGCGCUACACAUUCACCCCGCACGCAACAUACCCCACCCAGCUGCGCCAGGCCGUCGAGGCUCUGCGCUACGUCCUCUCCACCGGCCGCGCACCAGGAGACGUGAUCAUCGGCGGCGAUUCCGCAGGCGGAAACCUAGCCACCGCAACACUGCUGCACCUCACACACCCGCACCCGGAGAUCGAGCCCGUGGCGCUGGACGCCCCGCUGGCGGGCGUGUUUGCGUAUGCGCCGUGGGUGAACUUCAGCACCGAGUGGCCGUCCAUGAAGGAGAAUCAGUGGAAGGAUAUUAUCACUCCUAGUAGCUUGAAGAAGUGGUCGAAGGAUUAUUUGGGUGGGGAGGAGAGGGAUAAUUGGAAUGAGCCGUUGAAUGCGCCGGAGGAGUGGUGGGUGGAUGUGAAGACGGAGAAGAUGUUGUUUUUGGUGGGCUCGGAUGAGAUUCUGCUUUCGCCGAUUGAGGUGUUUGCUAAUAAGGUGAAGGGGGUUUUCCCUGAGACGACGGUUGUGGUUGCGGAGGAUGAGUCGCAUGAUGCGCCGUUUUAUACUAUGACCAAGGAGGAGACGAAGAGUGGGAUUGAGUUGCGGAAGUGGUUGGGGUCGCGUUUGUAA